AUGCUAGUACGUGGGAAAGAAGACUUCCUCUCAGAUGUAGCUUACAUCAUCCUGGAACUGGUCAUUGCGGUGCUGGCCAUCCUGGGGAACAUCCUGGUCUGCUGGGCAGUCUAUUUGAACAGCAACUUGCAGAACGUCACCAACUAUUUUGUGGUGUCCCUGGCUGCUGCUGACAUUGCCGUGGGCGUGCUGGCAAUCCCCUUUGCCAUCACCAUCAGCACUGGCUUCUGUGCCUUCUUCUAUGGCUGCCUUUUCAUUGCCUGCUUCGUCCUUGUCUUGACUCAGAGUUCGAUCUUCAGCCUCCUUGCUAUUGCCAUUGACAGAAUCAUUGCGAUCCGCAUACCCCUCAGGUACAAUGGCUUGGUGACUGGCUCUCGAGCUAAAGGUAUCAUUGCCAUCUGCUGGGUAUUAUCUUUCAUCAUCGGCUUGACACCAAUGCUAGGGUGGCACAAUCGCUCCCAGAUCGAAGAGCGGGGUUCCAAUAAGUCCUCUCCCAUCAACUGCAGCAACAGUAUGGUGGCAUGUCUCUUUGAGUCUGUGGUCACCAUGGAGUACAUGGUCUACUAUAACUUCUUUGCCUGUGUGCUCUUGCCCCUCCUCCUCAUGUUUGGUAUCUACUUGAAAAUCUUCAUGGCAGCCCGACGACAGCUGAAGCAGAUGGAGAACAAGAUGGUACACGGGGAACGUUCUCGCUCCACUUUGCAGAAGGAAGUCCAUGCAGCUAAGUCUUUAGCCAUCAUUGUUGGGUUGUUUGCAGUCUGCUGGCUUCCACUACAUAUUAUUAACUGCUUUACCCUUUUUUGCCCAAAUUGUGCCCAUGCUCCCCUCUGGCUGAUGUAUCUGGCUAUUAUCCUGUCUCAUGCCAACUCAGUUGUAAAUCCUCUAAUUUAUGCCUACCGAAUCAGGGAGUUCCGACACACCUUCCGCAAAAUCAUCAGCCAGCAUAUCCUGGGCAGGAAGGAGACAUUCAAAGCAGGAACAGCCAGCUCUAGGACUUCCACGCAUGGUGGGGACGCAGAGAACGCCAGCAUACGAAUCAGUGAGUAUGCAUUAGAGGUAUACACCAAUGGAGAGAUCCACAGGGAGUCUGAAAAGCAGGACUUAAACAAAUGUAAAGCCAGCUUGGAAUGGCACCAGAAUGGAAAUGCUCUGGACGUGGAGACAAACGGGCAUCUCCCACAUUCCUGCAAAAAUGGGAUUCUCUCAGAUGCAUGCAUGAAUAGGGAGCUUCACAGUGAAGAGCUAAUUGAUGCCCAGGUGUCUUACUCAGAUCUAGAAAGAGCAGCCUUCGCAGCAGCUGAUGUUUCCUGA